AUGUCUGAUCCGGAGGCUUCGGUGGCGAUCUCAUCCUCGCCUUCUCUCCCGGCCACCGACUCCAAUCCUCUCAACUACGCUUUUCUCGUUCAUUCGCAAAAAACCCUCACACAGAACCUCCCUCCUCGUGUUGACAACAAACUGUUAGCCCGUCAGAAGCGACGUCGGACUAGCCCAGAGGAUCACGCAGUCCUCGAAUCCGAGUACCAGCAAAAUUCUAAGCCAGACAAAGCAGCUCGCACGAGUAUUGUAAACCGCGUCUCUCUCGGCGAGAAAGAGGUCCAAAUUUGGUUCCAAAACCGCCGCCAGAACGAUCGUCGGAAAUCCAAACCUCUCCAGCCUCACGAAUUACUUGCCCCGCGGUCGGGCAUGGUCGAUUCAUCGGGUCAGCCUCUCAGUGAUGAUAACGCGUCCACGGAGCCGGGGUCUUCAAGUGGGGCAGAACAGUUUGACAACGAUCACCGCGCAGAAAUGGUAUCCAAACCAUGGCAUGGGGGGCUCUUACAAUUUUCAGAUGACUCAGAUCCGGUAAUUGAAGAUAAAGAUGAACUUGAGCUUCCACAGAGCACUCAAACAAGCAUCGCGACAGAGGCCGCUGGGGAAACUCCGCCCACCACCCAGGAAGAGUUUUCCCAACUGGUGAAUGACCCUGCAGAAAACUCCCUUCUGCAGUUACCAAAACGGAAACGGUCGGUAUCGGAUAUCCAGGGCGAGGGGGGAAAAGAGCAGCAAGCCGCAAUCAUACAACACAUACAAACCACGCCUACCAAGUCACCUCCGUCGCUGCGAUUGUCGAUGUCAUUUGAUGGAGAGGCUUUGCUCCGCAAUGAGGGCGAACUGACGCCGUCGCCACCCAAGGGCCGCAACGCCUUGCGGAUCGCGAUGUCAUCGGAUGGAAAGGCAGUAAUCCGCGGAGAGAACGAACCAUCGCCGUCCAAGAACCGCGUGGCGAUGUUCUCGGUUCGCCGAACACCGAUGUCAAGCCUGCGACGUAGCAGCAGCGCGGUCUUCCCAGUGACCCCGCGGGCAGGUGUAGCCGAGAAAGAUCGUGCUUUCGGUCGCUCUCGUGAUCCACGAAACUGGGAAUCAUUCUGUGAUACGGACGCAAGAAGUGCUUUAUCAACAUCGACCAGUGGGUCAAAUGGUUCUCCAGGUCUCUUCCAAUCUCGCAGCCAGCGCUCGUUGCCUCGGAGUGCCUCGGGGCGGUUCAGCCUCGCUGUCCACGGCGACCCAAACACGCCGAUCUCUCAGUCCAUGGGAGAGAAGAGACGGAAGCUCGCCCGCACCGUUUCAUCUCUAGGACGAUUGGAGACAGGCCGAAACAAGGCGAACAUGAUUCCAUCUCAUCUGUCUAAACCUCUUUUUUCCAAGUCUGGCAAGUCGGAUCUCGAGCAAGACCUCGGCGACUCUGACAAAGAGAACUGGGUUCCAGGCACACGAUCGACAAUCAUUCGUCGUCGCAAUACUUCACACCUCCCGCGACCGGUCCUUCGCGAUGCGAACCGUACUCGCGGUCUCGGCAUCUCGACUGGCAAACGCAAUCGACCACUCCAGACUGGCUCUCAGGGUAAAGCCCUCCCCGAACUCAGUGCCGAAGUAUCUGCUUUCAUGGCCAGUGGGUCAGGGGAUAGCCAAGAAGAUGACCUGGACUGCGUGCAGGGUCUCCUGUCGUUGAGCCAGGGGGCCUGGCGAUAA